AUGGUUUUGCUGAUCGGAGAACUGGACGAGGCGAGUGUGAACUUUUUGGUAGAUAUGGGUUUUGAUCGAGACACGGUCAUCGAAGCACUCUUCGAAUAUGCGACUGUUGAAGAGGCCACUGAAUUCUUGGUGGCAAACGAUCGACAACAGCAAAAUUUAUUGAGCAAUCAGCCUGAAGAGGUCGGUGGUUGGCAUUGA